AUGUUUCGUCGUUUAUUCAGUCAACAAAGCAUCUUGUUACGCAAAACCGUCCGCAACAAAACACUCACCUUACUCCCCAAAGCUCUAGCACCCACAGCCCUCCAAUACACCAUGAGCAUCAGCGAGAUGCCAUCGCUACAACAAGUAAAUGCUUUUUCUACGACCAGUGCCCUGGAAAGAAACUUCCCCGUCUCCAAAAUCGAAAACUACGAUUCAAGCACUUACAAAACGCUCGCCUUCUACAAGUUUCAUCCCUUGACAAAGCCUGAGUUAGAGGCUCUGAAAGAGAAGCUUUUGGCAGAUUUCGGUGAGUUGGGUAUCGUUGGCCGUAUCUACAUUUCAACCGAAGGCAUCAAUGCUCAAAUUGCUUGCCCUGAAGAGUGCUUGCCCAAGCUGCAAGCGUAUCAUGAUGAGUACCUCAAGCCCAUGUUUGAUGGUGAUUUGAUGGAUCUCAACAUUGGCACUGAGCAUGGUAAACGGUCUUUCCGAGCCUUGCAUGUCCGCAUCCGUAAACAGCUAAUUGCAGACGGAUUGGAUUCUAGCACCUAUGACUUGAAUAAUGUACCAUCACACUUAUCCCCUGCUGAGUGGCAUGAAAAGCUGACCACCUACGAAGAAAAGCACGGAAAGAAGCCUAUUUUGAUUGACAUGCGCAACCACUAUGAGAGUAAAAUCGGCUUUUUUGAUGGCGCCAUAUGCCCAGACGCAGAUACCUACAAAGAUAGCAUCACAGCCAUGAAUGAAAUCUGCGAUAACCUUCCUCGCGAUCAAGAAAUCUUCAUGUAUUGUACUGGCGGUAUUCGAUGCACAAAAGCUGGUGCUAUUCUUCAAUCAGCAUCCGGUUUCGACACAGUUCAUCUGGUAGAAGGUGGCAUCACAUCGUACGGUCGCUGGAUUGAGCAACAAGAAGACAAGGAGUCUCUGUUUAGAGGAAAGAACUUUACAUUUGAUGCUCGUAUGGGUGAAAAAAUCACGGAUGAGCUACUCGGUAAAUGUCAGUUGUGUGGCGAGCCUUGCAACAGAUAUCAAAACUGCUCCCAUGCGUCCUGCAAUAUCCUCAUGUUGUGCUGUCCCAGCUGUGCCUCUCAAUUCUUGAAUACAUGUGCUCGUCUUCAAUGCUAUGAUACUGUGCAUGAAUUUAUGGACUCCACCCAAGAACACUACCAUCCAGCGGGACCUGUCUUGGUAGACGGUGUGCGUGCCUUUACAAAGCAAGGAGAAAAGAACAUGGAUGCGACAUCGGAUCGUGUCGUCAUUGGCAAGAAGGGUGUGCGUUGUGAUCACGAACACACUCGUCGCACGCGUGCCAUUGAGGUGUUGGGCGAGCCUGGAGAAGUACUGAAGGAAUGGGCCAAGGCUGGCCGAGAUCUCCCACCUAGACCUAUUACUGAAAUCCAUGCCUAG